AACCCUGACUAUCACCUGAUAGAUCGCUUGUGCUGCCUGAUAAUUACUCGAACUUUUCCCAGGCUGGCGUCAAGUCUUCAGGGGCCGUCCAGGACUACAGAGCUGUUUCACCUUGCCUUGGCUGCAGGCUCUUCCCCCAUGCUGGAAGGUGCAGAGCUGUACUUCAAUGUGGACCAUGGCUACCUGGAGGGCCUGGUUCGAGGAUGUAAGGCGAGCCUCCUGACCCAGCAGGACUACAUCAACCUAGUCCAGUGUGAGACCCUAGAAGAUCUGAAAAUUCAUCUCCAGACUACUGAUUAUGGUAACUUUUUGGCUAAUCAAACAAAUCCUCUUACUGUUUCCAAAAUUGACACUGAGAUGAGGAAAAGACUAUGUGGAGAAUUUGAGUAUUUCCGGAAUCAUUCCCUGGAGCCCCUCAGCACAUUUCUCACCUAUAUGACGUGCAGUUACAUGAUAGACAAUGUGAUUCUGCUGAUGAAUGGUGCAUUGCAGAAAAAAUCCGUGAAAGAAAUUCUGGGGAAGUGCCACCCCUUGGGCCGUUUCACAGAAAUGGAAGCUGUCAACAUUGCAGAGACACCUUCAGAUCUCUUUAAUGCCAUUCUGGUGGAAACACCAUUAGCUCCAUUCUUUCAAGACUGCAUGUCUGAAAAUGCUCUAGAUGAACUGAAUAUUGAAUUGCUGCGCAAUAAACUAUACAAGUCUUACCUUGAGACAUUCUAUAAAUUCUGUAAGAAUCAUGGUGAUAUCACAGCAGAAGUUAUGUGUCCCAUUCUUGAGUUUGAGGCCGACAGGCGUGCUUUUAUCAUCACUCUUAACUCCUUUGGCACUGAAUUGAGCAAAGAAGACCGGGAGACCCUCUAUCCAACCUUUGGCAAGCUCUAUCCUGAGGGGUUGCGGCUGUUGGCUCAAGCAGAAGACUUUGACCAGAUGAAGAGCGUAGCGGAUCAUUACGGAGUAUACAAGCCUUUAUUUGAAGCUGUAGGUGGCAGCGGGGGAAAGACACUGGAGGACGUGUUUUACGAGCGUGAGGUACAAAUGAAUGUGCUGGCAUUCAACAGACAGUUCCACUACGGUGUGUUUUAUGCAUAUGUAAAGCUGAAGGAACAGGAAAUGAGAAAUAUUGUGUGGAUAGCAGAAUGUAUUUCACAGAGGCAUCGAACAAAAAUCAACAGUUACAUUCCAAUUUUAUAACCCAAGUGAAGUUCUCAAAUGCAGAAAAUUAUACAUGUUAAAAAGAGGUUAUUGAAGAAAAGAAAAUAAAUUUUAUUAUCUAGGCUACACAAAAGCAAGGCACCCUGCAUCUUCAUGAGUUGCAAAUCCAUAGAAACACAGUAAACCAGCACUGAAAGAAAGCAUUUACUUGUUUUCAGUGGCAUUCGAUCUUGUUUCCACAUGUCUGUCUCGUUCUUCACUGGGCCUUACAGGUUAAUUUUAAUUAACUCUAUGGCACUUUUCUUAUUCUUGUUUGAUCAUGUUAAAAAUUGGACCUAAUAAAAAUAUUUUAUUCUUG